AUGGACUUCGACUGGUCGACACCCUUCCCGGAGGGUGUCAUUUCCUUCCUCGACACCGAUCUGUACAAGCUGACGAUGCAAUGUGCUGUCUUCAAGUACUACCGCGCCGUCCCCGUCACCUACGCCUUCACGAACCGCACCCACGAGAAGAAACUCUCGAGAAAGGCCUUCAAGUGGCUAGAGCUGCAAAUCAGCAAGCUGGGGAACAUUUCGCUUUCCGACGACGAGCUGCGAUACCUCCAGACUCACUGCAAAUACCUCUCUUCCGACUACCUCGACUUUCUCUCCGAGUUCCGACUGUCCCCGCGGGAGCAGAUCGUCACGACAUUCAAGCCGGUCGGCGAGGACACCGGGGCCGACGACGAUCUCGGCGAUGUCGAUAUCCAGAUUCGCGGCACAUGGGUUGACACCAUCCUCUACGAAAUUCCCCUGCUCGCUCUCACCUCCGAAGCCUACUUCAAGUUCAUGGACAAGGACUGGAACUACGACGGCCAGGAGGAAAAGGCGUUUGAGAAGGGGAUCAAGUUGCUGGAAGCUGGCUGUAUCACCUCAGAGUUCGGCACCCGCCGGCGCAGAGACUACCAUACCCAGGCACUGGUCUUCCGAGGUUUCGUCAAGGCAAGCAAGGCUGGCCUGGAGCGCGGCCUGCCCGGCAAAAUCUCUGGCACGAGCAACGUCCACCUGGCAAUGCGCUUCAACCUGCCCCCUGUCGGUACCGUGGCGCACGAGUGGUUUAUGGGCAUUGCCGCCAUCACCGAUGACUACGUGAAUGCAACAGAGGAGGCUUUACGGAGGUGGGUCGGAUGCUUUGGCGAGGGCACACUAGGGAUCGCCUUGACCGACACUUUUGGCACAAGGGCGUUCCUGGAAGCCUUCAAGAAGCCUAUCAAGUACCUGCCGGGCACCCCCAAUGUCCCGUUAGCAAACGGAGAUGUGGUCUCUACUCGCACAUAUGCGGAAGUGUUCAAUGGUGUACGCCAGGACUCCGGGGACCCGGCCGAAUUUGUGAAGAUGAUGCGCAAGUUUUACGACGAGCAGGGCAUAAAGGAGAAGACGGUUGUCUUCUCGGACUCGCUGGACAUUGAGAAAUGUAUUGAGUACAAGAGAGUCUCGGAGGAUGCUGGGCUCCAGCCGACCUUCGGCGUCGGCACCUUUCUCACAAAUGACUUCAUUCAGCUGAGCACGGGCAAGAAGUCAGUUCCGUUGAAUAUCGUCAUCAAGUUGAGCUCGGCAGCCGGCAACCCGGCCAUCAAGAUCAGCGACAACGCCGGAAAGAACACAGGGUUGGCAGCCAAGGUCACCGAGGUCAAGAAGAUCUUGGGCUACGAGGAGCGAGAAUGGGCAGGCGGUGAUGAGACCUCGAGAUGGGGCAAAUGA